AAAUGCAGUUCGCCGGAUUUGGAGUACUAUUUGUUGUAGCUGUCGCUUUCGCGGAUACCUUGGAUGUGUGCUUGAAGGACAUGGGCUGCAUGCGAGGCACUUUUAUGCCAGGAUAUCAGAUCGAAGAGUUCGAAGCCUUCAUGGGCAUUCCGUUUGCCCAGCCGCCAGUUGGACCGCUCCGUCUUAAGAAUCCUGUGCCUGCUGAACCCUGGGAGGGAGUACUCGAUGCUGGAAUGGCGAAAGACAGCUGCCUGCAGAGAAGCUACUUUGCGAAAGAAUGGAGCUUGAUGGGAGUAGAGGACUGCCUCUACUUGAACGUCUACAGACCCAAGAAACGGGAUGAUGAGAACUUGCCGGUGAUGGUCUAUAUACAUGGGGGCGGUUUUUUCAGCGGCUCUGCCCAUCCGUUGGCUUCUGGACCAGAGUAUCUGAUGGAUACCGGCAAGGUAGUCGUGGUAACAGUUAGCUAUCGUCUUGGUCCCUUUGGUUUUCUUAGCACUGGCGAUGAGCACAUGCCAGGUAAUUUCGGAUUCAAGGAUCAGCGAUUGGCUCUGCAGUGGGUUCAACAGCACAUAGCUACAUUUGGAGGAGAUCCAAAAAUGGUCACGAUCCUUGGACACAGUGCUGGAGGAAUAUCUACACACUUGCACAUGCUUAGCCCCAAUUCAAAGGGACUUUUUAAAAAUUCCAUGUCCUUGACUGGCACCAUGUUUCUGCCAGCCACAAAGAUCCUCAGAGAUCCGCUAAGUCAGGCAAGGCGUCUGGGAAAAGAGAUGUCAAUCGAUCAAGCGGAGAGUCUCAGUUCCCAGGAUCUUGCUAAAGCGCUACGUGAAGUGUGCCCUAAAAAACUAAUUCUUAGUUUGGACAGCUUAAAGGUCUGGGAUAACAUGCCACACGUUACCAGCUUCCCAGUAGUGGAGGCUCCAUCUCCUGAUGCCUUUUUGACCGAGGAUCCACUAGAAGCCCACAGGGCAGGUCGCAUUAACCAGGUGCCCUGGUUACUUAGCAUGAGUUCUCGAGCUGGAGAAGGUUCCCUAUUAAUUAUGCGUGCCUUCAUAAAUCCAAAGCUUCGGGCAGAGUUCAAUGAGAACUUCCUGGAACAUAUGGCUCUGCUCCUUAACCUUCCCGAGGGGACUCCUGUCCAGACGGUCAGCGAAAUAUUGGCGGCGUAUGACUUUAAAGGAGAAAGUCUUAACAACGAAACCAUGUUGAAGUUGGCAGAGAUCUCCGGCGACUUUAACUUUUAUUAUCCGAUUUAUGAAACUAUUUCAUCGUAUCUUCCAUAUGCCAAUCUCGAAGAGAAUCCACUGUCGAUGUAUAUCUUUGAGUUUUUCGGCCUGCGCUCUAUAAAUACGAUUCUUUCGGGUUCCACUGACGAUUUUGGGCUUGGAGCAGUUCACAUGGAUGACGCUAUACACACCGUACAUUUUCCGAUAGCCGUCGAGGAUUUUCCCAAGGACUCCGAAGAUGCCAAGGUGGUUCAACGAAUGAGUUUGCUGAUGACCAAUUUUGCCAAAACAGGAAUUUUCCAUGAAGCAUCCACCUGUAAAGCUACGGAUUUCAAGGACCUGGGAAUGUGCAAGUAUUUUCACUUUGGUGGCAACAAAAACAAAUAUCUAGAAGAUAUUCAAAGCAACAUGACGCUUACAGCAUUUCCGAUAUGGAAAAAGCUGUUUUCUUAGCUAUCAAUCCGAUUGUAUCUACACUUCGGGUUAAUUUAAGAAUGAACCCGCAUUAAAUAAACCCCAUUAAUUUGCGAAAUGGAA